AUGCCGCGACAACAACGCUCUAAACAGACUUCUCGUGAAGCUAGAGUACUUCUAGCAUCUCGUGCGCUUCAAGAGAAACGUAUAAUAAGCCAGCGUCAAGCUGCUAUGCUAUACGACGCUCCACGAACGACGCUCCGACGACGCCUUCGCGGUACCCAGCCGCGAUCAGAGACAGCCUCUGUCAAUCGCAAGCUAUUAGCUAUUGAAGAGCAGUCUCUUAUUCAAUGGAUUCUAGAGUUAGAUCGACGAGGUUUUCCGCCCCAUAUUAUUGACGUCCGACGGAUGGCAGACGCUCUACUCGCCGCGCGUGGUCAAGAUCCACCUCCAGCACCUAUAGGCAAAUGCUGGGUGUCGCGCUUUAUCCAGAACCAGCCAGAGCUCCAGACAAAGUGGACUAGGAAGUUUAGUAGCCAGCGCGCUCUUUCUGAGGAUCCUAUCGCAAUCGCAGCCUGGUUUAAGCUAGUAGAAGAGACGCGCCAGACGUACGGCGUCCUAGACCAAGACAUUUAUAACUUUGACGAGACUGGCUUUAUGAUGGGCGUCGCUGCGACGUCAAAGGUAGUAACUAGCGCUGAUAGAGUUGGCCGGGCAGUUGUCGUACAGCCAGGUAAUCGCGAGUGGGUGACAGUAAUCGAGUGCGUUAACGCGUCUGGCUGGUCUCUCCCACCGUUCGUGAUCCUCUCUGGUAAGGUCCACCAGAGCAGCUGGUACCGCGACCUCCCACAAGACUGGACUGUCGCAGUAUCAGACAACGGCUGGACGACUGAUCAGCUUGGCGUAGAGUGGAUGAAGCACUUCAAUCAGCAUACAGCGGCUCGUACGGCUGGAGUCUAUCGGCUGCUUAUCCUAGACGGCCACAGCAGCCACGCUACGCCAGAAUUUGACCAGUUCUGUACAGAGAAUAAGAUUAUCACUCUCUGUAUGCCGCCUCAUACGUCGCACCUUCUACAGCCACUUGAUGUAAGCUGCUUCUCACCACUUAAGCGCGCGUACGGGCGUGAGGUGGAGGAGCUCGCCCGCCAAGGCCUCCACCAUAUUGACAAGAUAGACUUCCUUACAGCCUAUACGCGGAUCCGGCCAAUAGUAUUCACGCAGCAGAACAUCCAGGCAGGCUUCCAAGCGACAGGACUUGUCCCUCCUUGUCCAGAUCGCGUCUUAUCGUCGCUUACAGUUAUCCGUACGCCGUCUCCACCACAGACAACCACAGACAAUAACGCCGCUACGCAGACAGCAGCAGCGCAGACAGAGACACCAUGUACAGUAGCAGAGCUUCAGCAGCAGGUACGCUAUCUCCAAGAGCGACUACGCCGACAGUCAGAGAGUCCAACAAGCGUUGCGAUACGCCAGCUUGCUAAAAGCGCCCAGCUUGCAAUGCAAUCAGCGACGAUACUCGCGGAGGAGAAUAAGAAGCUACGUGCAGAAGUCCAGCGUCAACGACAAAAGCAGAGUCAGCAGCGUCAAUAUAUUGCUUCUGGUGGAGUGCUCCAGGUGCAGCAGGCUCAGCAGAUAGCUGCAGAGGCAGAAAGGGUGGUAGUGGAGGCUAGCCAGAGCCAGGCUGGUGAGCGACGUCAGCGCGCGCCGCCAACGUGUACGAAGUGCCACACUCAAGGUCAUACACGGACUCAAUGUAGACAGCAAUAG